GACACGGUUACGGUGUUGGUCUGCUACACAGGAAGUAGAGUAAAGUUAGCUUGACGAGCAGGUUUCAACGCGUUUAUUUGCCAAUUGUUUUGUUCAGUUUUGAAGUUAAUUCUCUUUCUAGUAGAAAUAUAAUUGUUCUUCAACAUGCUGAUCAAGGUUAAGACCCUAACUGGAAAGGAAAUAGAGAUCGACAUCGAGCCCACAGACAAGGUGGAGCGAAUUAAGGAAAGGGUUGAGGAAAAGGAAGGGAUCCCUCCUCAGCAACAGAGGCUCAUCUACAGCGGGAAACAGAUGAACGAUGAGAAGACAGCUGCAGACUACAAGAUCCAGGGUGGAUCGGUGCUCCAUCUUGUGUUGGCGUUAAGAGGCGGAUCAGAAACCCACAGCUGCUGCAUACACCUCUCCCCAUCCUUAUGAGUUGCUGCUGACCUGAGGCCUGCUGAGUGCCAACAUGACGGCAUUCAUAACAGUGUUAGAGCUAAUUAGGCCACUGCUACCAAGAAAAAAUACAUUUAAAACGUCAAAAAUGAGAAAUGGACGCUCAAAUACACAUGUAGAUUUGUUUUGUGUUAUUCUACACUGUUUUACUUGGGUUUGAAUAGUUGUGGCACCACAGUUUGAAGCCUGUAUGAACUUUGUUUGGGAUUAAAGGUGAAAGUUGAGCUCUAAUGUUGCCCCUCUCUGAAUAAAAUGACCACCAGACAACAGAAUAA